AUGGCUAAAAUUGAAGUUGAUAGUGAUCCAAAAAAGUCACUAACGGCCCCACCAAAACAAGCUUCAGACAAUGGUGAGAACUUAUUAGUUGCUUUAGUAUCUGGCUGUACUGCUGCUGCACUUACUGCCACUCUAACCUAUCCAUUUGAUUUUAUUAAAACUCAACAACAAAUCAAUAAGGAUGCUUAUAUGAAAAAAUGGAAGAUACCUGGUAAUUAUCCAAGCACUUUAGGUCAAAUGUAUAAAGGUGGAAGUGCUUUAGUACUUGGGGAAAUUAUCAAAAAUGGUACGAGAUUGAUAUCAUAUAAUUGGGCUAGUCAAUUUAUGGCAAUUGAUUCUCAUCAUGGACAAACAAAUAAAACAACUGCACCAAGAAUUGUUAUAGCUGGUAUCAUGAGUGCUACAAUAGAAACUGCAUGGAUUGUACCAUUUGAAAAUAUAAAGGUUACAAUGAUUCAAAAUCAAUCAUUGCAAAAUGAAUUGACAAGAACUAAAGAUUUGGGUUAUGACAUCACUGGAUCAAAAUCUCAUCAAUUAUAUCAACAUCAUCAUAACAAGUUAUCCAAUAAACCAUUAUAUUUGAGGCAAUACGUAUCACCCAAUGCUUAUUAUUUAGAGGAAAUUAUAGAUUCAAUGAAAAGUAACAAACAUAAAUUCCAACCACCAAAAUCAAAAGAAAAAUUACAUAUUGAAAAUUUAAAAUCAUACUACAACAAACAUCCCUCAUUAACAUUAUUUGGUACUAUAAAGGAAAUGUAUAGAUUAAAAGGUAUAAAAGCAUUCACAGCAGGUACUUUCAUAACAUACACUAGACAAAUUGCAUUAUCGUGGGUUUGGUUUUCUUCAUAUAAUGCUAUGCGUCAAUUAAUAAACCCUCAUCAAAAGGAAAACUUGUGGGCUAAUAGAGAUUAUUCAGUAAUAACUUCAAUUGGAGUUCACGCAAUGUCAUCGUUAGCAGUAAUAGCGGUAACUCAACCAUUAGAUGUUGUUAAAACUCAUAUGCAACUGAAAAAUGGUAAAAAAAUAUGCAGAGAUUCAUUAUCAACUGCAUACAAGUUAUUUUUAACUCAAGGACCAUUAUCAAUGUUUAAAGGAGCUCUACCUAGAUUCUUGAAGGUGUUGAUAAGUAGUGGUAUGACUGCAACUGUUUAUGAAUAUGUUGAGAAUAUUGUUAAUGCUGCUGGUGGUCAAACAAUGUUUAAAUUAGAGUAA